UUUGACACGCCUUGAGUUUGUUGUGCGAAAAUCUCGUAAUUUUUGUAUUAAUUCGUCAGAUUUUUACUUUAAUAGCAGUGUGUUUUAGUGAAUUAUCUAUUUGUGUAACGUAAUUAUAGUGUAUCAUUGAGAGAUCAUCGGGGAAUCGGCUGAAAAAUAAGCCACGAUGACGACCCUGGUCGACCCCUACGGGCAGACCAACACGGGGACACUCACCCUCAAAUGGGACCCCAAGAACCUGGAGAUACGGACCACGUCCGUGGAGCGGACCCUCGAGCCGCUCGUGUUGCAAGUGACCACGCUGGUGAACAGCAAGGAUAAGGCUGCUAAGAAAAAGAGACCGGGCAAGUCGAAGAGGGCCAGCGCUCUGGUGGCCACCGUGGAGCGAGCCACUGAGAUCUUCAUCGAGCGAGGACAGCAGAUCGCUUAUGAGAACCCGGAGAUCACUCAGGAGAUGCUGCUUGCUGUCGAAGAAGUUAGGAAGGCUGGCGCGGCCAUGAGCGUGGCGGCGCGCGAGUUCAGCGAGGAGCCGUGCGCGUCCACGGUGCGCGGCGCCAUGGUGCGCGCGGCGCGGGCGCUGCUGUGCGCCGUCACGCGGCUGCUCAUCCUGGCAGACAUGGUGGACGUGCACCUACUACUCAACAAGCUCCGGACGGUGGAGACAGACCUCGACAAGCUGAAGUCCGCGUCAUCUCAAUCAGAACUGGUGGAGUCAGCGCGCCAGUUCGGCCGCUCGGCCAACGAGCUGGCUGCGCAGGCGGCUCGCAGGCAACACGAGCUGAAGGAGCCGAGGAUGAAGGACGAGCUGGCCGCUGCCAGGGCCGUGCUGAAGAAACACUCAACUAUGCUGCUUACUGCUUCCAAGGUGUACGUGCGUCACCCGGAGCUGGCCGCGGCGAAGGCUAACCGCGACUACGUGUUGCGCGCUGUGUGCUCGGCCGUGGAUACCAUCUCCGCUGUGGCCCAGGGGCGACCCACGCCCGGAGGCGGUAACAAUCGGCCCCCAGUGGAGGGCCCCGGAGAACUGGCUCAGGCUCUCGACGACUUCGAUGAGCGCAUGGUGAUGGAGCCCCUGGCCUACUCCGAGCUUCGCACGCGGCCCUCGCUGGAGGAGCGGCUGGAGUCCAUCAUAUCUGGCGCCGCCCUUAUGGCUGACAGCUCCUGUACUAGAGAUGAACGUCGCGAGCGCAUCGUGGCGGAGUGCAACGCCGUCCGCCAGGCGCUGCAGGAUCUGCUGCACGAGUACAUGACUAAUGCGGGCAAACCGGAGCAGUCUGAGGGUCUGGAGCGCGCCAUUGAGAACAUGUGCCGUAAGACGCGCGACCUGCGGCGACAGCUGCGGAAGGCGGUCGUCGACCAUGUCUCCGACAGUUUCUUAGAGACGAACGUGCCUCUCCUGGUGCUGAUGGAGGCGGCGCGCAACGGCAACGAGAAGGAAGUAGAAGAGUACGCGCUCGUGUUCACCGAACAUGCGAACAAACUUGUCGAGGUGGCCAACCUGGUGUGCUCGAUGUCCAACAAUGAGGACGGGGUCAAGAUGGUGCGCCACGCCGCUGGCCAGAUCGAGACGCUGUGCCCACAGGUCAUAAACGCAGCGCGUGUGCUAGCGGCCCGCCCCCGCUCGCGCGUCGCCCAAGAAAACGCUACCGCCUUCGCCCGCGCCUGGGAGUCUGGCGUCAAGCUGCUCACAGAAGCUGUUGAUGAUAUCACCACCAUUGACGACUUCCUGGCUGUCAGCGAGAAUCACAUCCUGGAGGACGUGAACAAGUGCGUGGUGGCGCUGCAGGAAGGGGACCCGGACUCGCUGGAGCGGACCGCCGGAGCCAUCCGGGGCAGAGCCUCUAGAGUGUGCGCCGUGGUGACUCAAGAAAUGGACAACUACGAGCCGUGCAUAUACACGAAGCGGGUGCUGGAGGCCGUGACCGUGCUGCGAGACCAAGUGAUGUCGAAGUUCGCGGUCCGCGUGGACGCAGCGGUGUCUGCCCUCGGCGGCGGCGCGGGCGCAGGCCUCGACGAGAACGACUUCAUCGACGCGUCGCGGCUCGUUUACGAUGCCGUCAGGGAGAUAAGGCGCGCCGUGCUCAUGAACAGGACAAGCGACGACCUCGACACCGACACAGAGUUCGAGCCCGUCGAAGAUAUGACCAUGGAGACCCGCAGUCGAUCGAGCGCACAUACCGGCGAGCAUGGAGUGGAUGAAUACCCUGACAUCAGCGGAAUUACCAAUGCUAGGGAAGCCAUGCGCAAGAUGACAGAGGAAGACAAGCGUAAGAUCCUGCAGCAAGUGGAGCUCUUCCGCCGCGAGAAGAUGACCUUCGACAACGAGGUGGCCAAGUGGGACGACGCUGGCAACGACAUCAUCAUGCUGGCCAAACACAUGUGCAUGAUCAUGCUCGAGAUGACCGACUUCACCAGAGGUCGUGGUCCCCUCAAGACGACAAUGGACGUGAUCAACGCAGCAAAGAAAAUCUCGGAAGCGGGAACCAAGCUCGACAAACUCACCAGAGAGAUUGCUGAGCAGUGUCCGGAGUCGUCAACCAAACAGGAUCUGCUGGCGUACCUGCAACGCAUCGCGCUCUACUGCCACCAGAUACAAAUCACCAGUAAGGUCAAGGCCGACGUGCAGAACAUCUCCGGCGAACUCAUCGUUAGCGGGCUGGACAGCGCCACAUCUCUGAUCCAAGCAGCCAAGAACCUGAUGAACGCGGUGGUACUCACCGUGAAGGCUUCAUACGUCGCCUCCACCAAGUACACGAGACAGGGAACUAUUGCCUCGCCGAUCGUGGUGUGGCGCAUGAAAGCCCCUGAGAAGAAGCCCCUGAUUAGACCGGAGAAGCCUGAGGAAGUCCGCGCGAAGGUCCGCCGCGGCAGCCAGAAGAAGCAGCCGAGCCCCAUACACGCGCUGGCCGAGUUCCAGUCUCCCAACGACAAUGUUUAAAUAUCGAAAGGAGAAUGGAUUCGUCAUGACAUUCGUUAUGGCUAUUAUUUAUUAUAUAAUAACAUUUCAAAAGCUCAUUGUGAAAAUUCCAUUAUUUAAAUUUAUAAAAAAGAAACUUUAAAACGCUCACUACCAUUCGGUUGUAGGGACAAUGUGAUUCUAUAUUUUUUAUUUGUACAAUUUUUCUUUUUUAUUAUUUUCAAAUUCUGGGUGUGAUCUCAAAAGAAAUGUCUCCAUCAGGAACGGAACCUGGAUAUCCAGAUCCCACGAUCAAUGUUUUUAUACUUUGCAAGGAAAUUUUGAACUUUCAGUAAAAGUUUUAAAUAUAGUUUUAAUCAUUUGUAUUUGUGUGACAAGGAAUAGUAAUUAAAUACAUUAGUCAGUAAUUCACUUAAUUUUCAAUAAUAAAAUUUAUGUCGUUGGAAUUUCGGAGAUACCAAAUUAAUGGUAACACUUACGUCAUCAAAGGGCUAGCAAUGGCGGCUUGUCAUAGGAUUGGGCAUAUCUGGGAGAUUAAAAAUGCCAUAUCGAAGCAAUUCCAUCUAAAAAAGCAAUAUGGCAAUCUGACAUUUGCGCAUGUAAAAGUAAGUGCGCAAUGCAAACAAAUGUCAAAUAGCAAUGUUGCUUUUUUAGAUGAAUUGCUUCGAUGUGGCCAUUUUAAACCCACUUGUCUUCUGACCGUGGAAUUACCCACGUCAUUAUUUUUGAGAUUACACCUACGGUCACGAGUACUAAUAUGUAUACACUUUGAAACCAUGUCACAUUAACUUUUUUGACAAAUUAAACCGUAAGUCUCGUUAAAUGUCAAAUAUGAUAGUGCGAUAAAGUCAUAAAGUGGGUGCAUGAUAUUGCUCAUGACUGUACAUAGUUUUAAUUUUAUGGGACCGAAACUGAUUUGUUGUAUUAGCUUCUAAUAUACACAGAAUAUUUGUCAACUUCCAAAAGCCGGGUUAUCACUCACGAGUUGUAUUCUCUUGCCGGACUCAACUAGUUGGCCAGCUAGUUCCGCCCACAUUCAACAGAUGGCGCCACAUUCAAAUUCAAAUAUAUCUUUAUCCAAUAAGUCAACAUAAACAUAACAUAAACAGCCUAUACAUGUCCCACUGCUGGGCACAGGCCUCCCCUGAAUCAACCGGAGGCAGUAUGGAGAAUACUCCACCAUGCUGCUCCACUGUGGGUUGGUGGGGGUGUUUUUACGGCUAAUAGCCGGGACCUCCGAAGCACAGAAUCAACUUUUUUUUCAGACAAUCGGGUGACUUCAGCCUGUAAAGUCCUUACCAAACAUAGGAAAGUCUCACAAAGUGAUUUCGACAAUGUCCCCAUUGAGAACGAACCCGGACCUCCAGAUCGUGAGCCUAACGCUCUAAGCACUAAACCACAGAGGCUAUUAGUAGGUCAAAAAUUUGAAAAUAUUUAUUCUUCAAAAAUGGUUUACAUAGGUAGCUUUUUGAACGUAAAAAAAUAUUUACAUAUUAUGUAACUAGCUGUAAAACUACUACCACAUCGGAAGCUGUAUCGCUGAGGGAAAGACGUGGCCAGAAAACCUCCCAGUUGUUAACAUAGUUAAACUUUGAGUCGUAAUUUUUACCGACUUCAAAAAAGGAGAAGGUUCUCAAUUCGACCGUAUGUAUAUUAUAUAUUUUUUUACAUAACGAACGUCUCAUCCGCCUAAAACUACUGCAGCUUCUCAUAACCUGUAUAGCCGGGGAAGCUGAAGGAAAAACCUCGGCACAGGACCCUAGACGUUCUUUAAAUAUAUGUAUAUAUAUAAUUUAGUAAUUUGGCAAAUGAGCACUCGUGUUGUGAAUACUCGGCUUAAGGCAGCUAUUUCGGCAACUAUUUUUGUCAAAUCAGUUUUUUUUCUUAUUUACAAAAAUCCGGUCUCUUCUUAAAUUCAUAGUACAACAAUACAAAGUAUGCUCAAAACUGACAGCUAACAUUUCAAGGUUAGCCCAGCUGACGUCAUCCCACCCUGUGUUGCCAUUUUAUAAAAAAUAAAUUACCCACGACCAAUGUUUUUAAUUUACUUUGCAAGGAAAUUUUGAAAUUUUAAUGAAAUAUUUGACAAGUAAUAGUAAUUAAAUACAUUAGUCAGUAAUUCACUUAAUUUUCAAUAAUAAAAUUUACGUCCUUGGCUUGGAAUGUUGGAGAUACCAAUUGAAUGGUAACACUUACGUCAUCAAUGGGCUAGCAAUGGCGGCUUGUCAUAGGAUUGAGCAAACCUUGUUUGUACUUUGUACCAUGAUUAAAUUAAUUAUUAUUUUAUAAAAAUGAUCGAAAAGGAAAGGCUUAAUAUUGAAUGUACAAUAAGCGACAGCCAAAUUUUAUUAAUAAUAUAAUAAUAAUUAUUAUUACACUAUUAUUAAUUAUUGGUAUACACAAUGUAUAAUGGUAGAUUUUACAAUUAAUUAGUUUUAAGUACUUUUAUAUAUUCGACAGUAUUUACUCUUAAAAGCUGGGCGGUUCAAACGCCCACAUCGAAGCGAUGAAGAACUUUCCAGCCAACGGCUUAACGUGCCUUCCGAAGCACGGAGGAGCUCGAGAUGAAAACUUUUUUUUUUAUGUGGUCACCCAUCCAAUGACCGGCCUUUGCGAAAGUUGCUUUACUUCAACAAUCGCAGACCGAGCGCGUUAACCGCUGCGCCACCGAGCUCCUCAUUAUUUCGUUAUUACCUAUUCUCUAUUAAUAUUUGUUUAUGUAUACCAAAUACUAGAUGUCGCGUGGUUCGCUCGCUGCAAGCAGCUCGCGUGUCCUGUAUUUGUUCGAAACUUUGUAUGGCGGCCAUUUUGUUUUUUUUUUUUUUUACCGGCAACUGUAUUCGACCAAGAUUUUAAUAGGUCUCAUGAAAACCAAAACGUUCCAGGUGUGAUAUGUUUGCCAGGCCGUAAGGUGCCCCCUGAUGCGGAGCAGUUUUCAAAGAUGACGUUCCGAUCACACCCCUAUACAUCAUUUUUACCUCUGAGACAUUUUCUGGAAAAACAAAAAUUUGUAUGGCGGCCAUCUUGUUUUUCGGCCAUUUUGUUAUUUUUUUCACCGGCGAUUGGAUUUGACCAAGAUUUAAAUAAGAUUCCAAAAAGAAAAAUUGUUUCAGGUGCGAUAGUUUUGCCAGGCCGUAGGGUGUCUCCCUGAUGCGGAGCAGGUUUCGAAAACCUGGAAGUAUAUCCUUACUCUACAUCAUAUGCAUACUUUCUACCCCCGAGGCAUUUUCGGGAAAAACGAAUAGAUGAAUUGCUUCGAUGUGGACUUUUUAAUCCCCGGGUCUUAUGUUGGAAAUCUUCACGUAAUUACCUCUGCGGAUUGGACAGAAUCGAUGAAGCUGUCUACAAAUGAGGUGACUGCAAAAUACCUUACACAAUUACCACCUUACUAAUAGAUAAACAAUUGGUGGACAUGGUUUUUGACAGCCAAGAAAAGUUCAUGGGGGUUAAAGUGGCCAUAUCGAAGCAAUUCAUCUAUGAAAGCUAUAUUGCUAUUUGACAUUUGUUUGCAUUGCGCACUUACUUUUGUAUGCGCAAAUGUCAAAUUGCAAUAUUGCUGUCUUAGAUGAAUUGCUUCGAUGUGGCCAUUUUAACCCCCCAGGUCGAAUUAUUUGAUUAACAUUCAAUUUUAAGUGGGCAUUUUUUUGACGUGACUAGUUGUUUUGUCGCAAAUGGCGUUAAAUACUUGGCCGGACAAACGGGGAGCGUUGAGGGCUCUCACCCGGAACAGAUGCACACUUUCGUGAUGUUUUAUGAAGAUUUCCAACAUAAAGACUUAUUAAAAUAAUACAUAAUCUUUAGGUUAUAAACAUCAGGGCGAGAAAGCGGCUAAGGUUUCGAUUAAAAAUGAAAAAUAAUAAUAAAAAAGUUUGAUUAGGUAAAACCUACGACACACAUAUGUAUAUAUUUAUAACAUUAAAAUAUACACACAUUAAUAUUUAGUUGGAAAACAAGGUAGAUUCUUCUUCUUCUAUCGUGUGGAUUGUGAGGUGGAGUACCAAUCUCAUCAACCCUGGUGUCAGGGUUACUACUGAGCCGCCAAAGGCCCCUGACAUGGCUCAUGUAACGAUCACAUACUUACAUCAGUAAGUAGUAACCGGGAUCAACAGCUCAACGUGACUUCCGAAGGGGUCAUCUUACUGUCGGUUAAUGAGGUGAUCAGAAGGGCAGUGGUUUCCCUCUUGCCUUCCGCCCCGCGCACACACAGUAGCAGGUGUGGCGGACCCAACUAGUUGGCCACCCAGUUCCGCCCACAUGCAACAGAUGGCGCCACAUUCAAUAAUGCAAUCUUCAAGCAAUCGUGAAACGCGCUAUCGAAGUUUACACAGCAAGACGCAUAUAUACAACUUCCAACACAACGCUGUUGGAUCGUCGAUCCCUAGUCACACUACCAACUUGUAGCUAGCGGGGUACUAUGCUCAGUUCGGUACCCCGAAAAACAUCCUUUGGCGGCAGCACACCCUCGCCGCCAAAGCAGGUUAAUAUAAGUUAUAUAAUUACUAACCGGUAAAGUACCUUAACCGCUUUCGGAUCCUGUAAAAAAAAAGUAUUGAUUUAUUUUGUAAAACUAGCUAGCAGUACUUGGGCAGGUGUCGAUCUGAAGAACAAAAUUUUCUUUUAAUUUGACAACUCUAGACAGAUUUUUGCUGGUACAACGCCUAAUUAGCUUGCCAUUUUCAAUCCAGGUACAAACUGGAGGUCUCAAUUUUUUCCCGCAUUGAAAUUUAUAGAGAUAAAAAAUCGAAGCGCAAAAGCUCAAAUGUAGGUGGUAUCACAGUUGAGUGUUCCUAAAUUUUGACAGUUCUCCAUACUGUCCAGCUGAAAUACGUGAUCAUCAUCACCAGCCCAUUAACGUCCCCACUGCUGGGGCACGGGCCUUCCUUACGGAUGGAUAGGGAGAUCGGGCCUUAAACCACCACGCGGGCCCAGUGCGGAUUGGUGGUUCCUAACGACUGCUUAUGCAGCCGGGACCAACGGCUUAACGUGCCUUCCGAAGCACGGAGGAGCUCGAGAUGAAAACUUUUUUUUGUAGUCACCCAUCCUAAUGGUCAUCCAUCCGGCCUUUGCAAAAGUUGCUUAACUUCAACAAUCGCAGACCGAGCGCGUUUACCGCUGCGCCACCGAGCUCCUUGAAAUUCGUGAUAAAUUGCUAUAAAAUGUGAAACAACGUGGAGUGUAUCCCGUCUGAAGGAUGAGUUACAAAGAAGAAAAGCGGCCAGUUGGAAAAAGGCAGUUUUGAUUGGAAAUAUUCUUCUUUCCGAUGUUCAGGGUAUAAACAUAACACUAUGAUUUUGCAGUUAAACGCCGCGCAAAGGGUUAUAGUGUAAAAAUGCAACUAAAAGAAUAUGUUAGUUCACUCAAAUAGUAUGGGGAACUGUCAAAAUUUAAGAACACUCAACAGUAGCGACACCUGAUGGAUUAAAAAGGCCAUUUCGAAACGACUCAUCUAAAAAAGCGAUAUUGCAAUUUGCCGUUUGCGCUUAUAAAUGUUAGUGCGUAACGCAAACAAAUGUCACAUAGCAAAAUAAGUGAGGUGGAGUACUAACCUCAUCAACCCUCGUUCCAGGGUUACUAUUGAGCCGCCAACGGCCCCUGACUUGGCUCAUGUAACGACUACAUACUUACAUCAGUAAGUGGUAACCGAACCGAGAAGAUAGCAAAAUUGCUUUUCAGAUGAAUUGCUUCGAUGUGGCGUUGCGCGUUGUUAACCUCCCUGAUGGGAGAAAUAGACAGUUUUUAUCGACAUUGAUAGAAAUCAAGGUUUUGUUAAAGACAAUCACAUUAUGUGAUACAUUGUUUUAAGUUUACGCGGUUAUUAUCAUAAUUAAAGCACAUAAUAACGGGUUCUUACCGCGUUUAAAUGGUGAUAUGAGACUCCCGAUAUUUCGACACUGUUGCAAGUGAGUUUGGUGCAAGUCCAGAUGGUUCCGAACAUUCCGAUAUCAAAAACAUAAACAAGCGGCAAAGAAAGAGGGUAGACAGAUAUGUCUGCCCGUAGAAAAUUAUGGAUCUACCUACUCCACUCCAAUCUCAUCAGUCAUCCCGUGAUCAUGGCACUUGCAACAGUGUCGAAAUAUCGGGAGUCACAUUAUGUGAUAUUUCAAAAAGGUGCUUAUGUGGUUUUCACUAUAAUGCGUUAAUUACGAUCGAAGGUUGUCAAAAUAAAAUUAAGUUCGGUUUAACAGAAUUAACAUCAAAAUUAAGCUUAAAAUUAGUACCAUGUACUCAAAACAUGUAAUUAUUAGGUAUAUUUGAUAAUUUUGUAUUCAAUAUACGUACUAAGAUAUAGUUUUUUUAAAUGCCAAUUCUUCAACUAUUCUUUCAUUCCUAUUCUAAGAUGUUGACUCCAACCUACCUCGACUCUGCCCAGUUGAGGCGACCUCAAGGUCUUCUUCGAAAUCAGCUCAAAACCGCGACUCCAGUAAGUCGCCAUACUGUGCAUGUGGUCAUCCGGAUUAAACCCUAUCUCACAUAGUGAACGAGUGCCCUCUGCACCGGUUCCUAGGUAGCAUAGCCGAGCUGCAUUGUGUGACGGAUGCGGCAGAGACUUGGUUAGGGGAGCAUAGGUUGGAUAUAUGAUCCACGCAGGAUAUUUUAUUUUUGUCUGCAAUACGCAAUGAUACAUACAUACGUACAUACAUAAACUCACGCCUAUUUCCCACCGGGGUAAGCAGAGACUAUAGAAUUCUAGAAUUCUGUUUUUUUUUUAGAAUUCUUGUUUUUUUUUAUGCAAUGAUAAUACUCCAGUAAGGCAUGACGUUAAUUUCGUGUUAUUAUGUUGGCAGUAUGAUAUGCUCGACUCCAGUAAAGUACUCGAGUCGAGGUUGUAAAUGUCAACUUGAAAUACCAAAAUGCUCAAAGGCCGAGUCCGGUGGAGGAAAUAUCGAGUUUGAUGGAGGACGUAGAUCGGCAGUGGCUGUGAUUAGCACCAUUAGCAACGCGGUAGAUAAUUGAAAACAGUUGAUUCACACCAAACGUAUAUUUUAUUCCUCAAGAAUACCAGUACACUUGUCACGAUAAUGUCAGUAUUUAAGACAAUUAAAUUAGUCACAAAAGUUAAAGCACAUAAUAACGGGUUCUUACCGCGUUUAAAUGGGGAUAUGAGACUCCCGAUAUUUCGACACUGUUGCAAGUGCCAUGAUCACGGGAUGACUGAUGAGAUUGGAGUGGAGUAGGUAGAUCCAUAAUUUUCUACGGGCAGACAUAUCUGUCUACCCUCUUUCUUUGCCGCUUGUUUAUGUUUUUGAUAUCGGAAUGUUCGGAACCAUCUGAACUCGCACCAAACUCACUACGACAAACCGCACUCACUGUGUCCUCACGUUUUUUCACCACAUUAGGCCGUUUCAAGCUUUUUACAACACCUACUACUGGAGUCCACAUGGUCGAUAAUUUGAACCCGUCUUCCCUGAUGAAAUUUUUAUUAAUAUAUAACAGGGAAGACGGGCCCCAUAAGGCAUUGCCAGUGUCAAAAAUCAUUAUUAAACAAUAUAAAGCCAUACACAGUACUACAACUAUCAUAGUGAGACCAUAGACACAUUAACAGAGUUAACAUCUUAGUAUAGGGGUGUUUAUCUAUAAAGCAAAAGAGAGAGUUCUCUUUUACUCUUAGACUAUUGUAUAACUCUAUAUAGCUAUAUUAUUUGUAAAUUCCAUAUUUAUUUUACUGAACCCAAUUUUUAAAUCUGGCAAAAAAUGUUAGAAUUAGUCCAUACUUAGAUAUCAGUCCCCGCUACAUGGGUUACGCUGUCGUCCGCGGCGCGAUAUAUCACACACGCCCACUAUUUACAUAGACAUACAUAUAUAAGAUCACGCCUAUUUCCCAAUGGGGUAGGCAGGGACCACAGAAUUCCAUUUACGUAGACAUCAGGCAACAAUGUAGGAUGUUUAAAAAGGCCAAGACAUUUGCGCAUAUAAAAUUAAGUGCGCAAUGCAAACAAAUGUCAAAUAGCAAUGUUGAUCUCUUAGAGGAAUUGCUUCGAUGUAGGCGUGACUUUAUCGUAGAUUUGCCGCAAAAUGGCAUUAACUACUUGGCCGGACAAAUGGGGAGCGCUGAGGUUUCUCAUCCGGCGCAAGAUUUCAGAGAACAGGGGGGUUUGAAAAUGGCCACAUCUAAGAAAGCAAUAUUUGACAUUUUGUUUGCAUUGCGCACUUACUUUUAUAUGCGCAAAUGUCAAAUUGCAAUAUUGCUUUCUUAGAUGAAUUGCUUCGAUGUGGCCAUUUUAACCCCCCAGGCCUGCGGGGGCGCAGUCCCUCAUUCAGCGCUUAUCGCUAUCGACCCACUAGGGUCGAUUAAUUCUUUCAAAUUAAUCCUCUCAGACGACGCCCUGAGCCGAGGUUCGCGCCCAACUGGGCACCCUCAGGCCUGUUGUCUUAAACGUUGUACCGGGUGAGAGCCUUCAGCGCUCCCCAUUUGUCCGGCCAAGUAGUUAAUGCCAUCUGCGGCAAAUCUACAAUAAGUCACGUCAAAAAAAAAAAAAAAAGGGGGCGCAGUAAUUCAACCCUAAACCGGCAUGCUUGAAGACUGAUGUGAGUGGUGUCAGGAGGGUAUGCCUACCCUUAUGAGAUAUAGGCGUGAUCCUAUACACUCGUAUGUUUAAUUUCAAAUUCAAAUUAUUUAUUUUGGACUGUAUCCAUAUAUGUUAGUAACACACAACUUAUAUGCUAAUGUUGGUAACAACUUAUACAACAUAAGCUAAUACACACGCGCGACCCUCGGCACGGCAGCGUGCAGCUGCCUCCAGCGCUUCAGCAGCGGGGAGUCCCACCGGUCUGCUAACACACUCAGGAUACCGCUCGAGCUGGCGCGCACGCGGCGCAGCAAGGAGGCGCAACGUUUCCUCGUGAUGUUUAAUAAAAAGGCCUAAAUAUCUAACUUUUCUUGCAUAGAAUUAGAAUAUAGUAUAUUUAAAACCACAUUCUAAGAUGUUCACUCCAAUCUUCCGGACGGAGUUGACUCCGUCAUCAGCUGAGCCGACCUCAAGGUCAUCCUCGAACUCUGCUCAAAAUCGGUAUUCUUAGGGUGGUAUUUAUAAACCAAUCUCAGCUUCGAGACUGCCCUCAAGAUCAUGUCAAUGUGACAGUUCUCAUAUAAAAACAGGGACUUGAGCAUGAUCUUAAAGGCAGCCUCAGCUGAGAUUAGUUUAUUAAUACCACCCUGAGACGCCUCAACGUUAACUCGAGUUAACUCCAGUAAGUCAUGACGUCAUUUACGUAUUAUUAUGUUGGCAGUAUGAUAUGCUCGACUCCAGUGAGUAAAGUCCUCGAGUCGACAACGUGAAUGUCAACUUGAAAUACCAAAAUGCUCAGCUGACGCCGAGUCGAGUGGAGGAAGUAUCGAGCGAACAUCUUAGAAUAAGGUUGUUAGUUUUAAGAUCAAUUUAUCAUUUUGAUUUGUAAGAAUAAUUAAUAACUGAAAUUCGCGAAUAAUGAUGUUAGUACCCCGUUAGGAGAUUUGGAGGUUUUUCAAUUUUCUACAAACCUUUUAAAAGUAUGUUAGUGGAUUUUAAUAGAUCAAUAAAGUUUAUAAAGUGA